ACAGACAUACGGACCCCCUUCACUACCAUUGGUACGUUCCAUCCCAACAUGGCGGACACAACAGAACUUCGCACCGCCCACCGGUUCGAUGUGGACCGUUUACACGCCCAUCUCCUCAAAUACGUGCCCGGUUUUCCUCAGCAAAAGGAACAACUAGUCGUCAGGCAGUUCAGUUUUGGCCAGUCCAAUCCAACAUUCUACCUGCAGAAGGGACAGACAGAAUAUGUCAUGAGGAAAAAACCACCAGGACGCCUCCUGAAGGGGGCACACAUGGUUGAGAGAGAGUACAGAAUCAUUGAGGCCCUCCACUCGGUGGGUUUCCCUGUGCCCUGCCCCAUCCUCUUCUGUUCGGACACAAACGUCAUUGGUACAGAGUUCUACAUCAUGGAGUAUGUCAGGGGAAGAGUUUUCCGAGACGUGUCGUUAAGUGAGUUACCUGCUGAGGAGAGAACAGCGGUGUACAAUGCCAUGGCAGAGACACUGGCUCAACUCCACUCUGUGGACUGGAGAAAACUCCAGCUACAGGACUUUGGGAAGGAGGGAAACUACUGCAAGAGACAGCUGUCUACAUGGACCAGACAGUACCAUGCAGCAGCUACUGGUGACAUCCCGGCAAUGAACCAGCUCAUCCAGUGGUUAAACCAGAACCUUCCUGCAGAGGACACUAAAACUACCAUCGUACACGGUGACUACAAACUGGACAACAUGGUCUUCCACCCCACUCAGCCUCGAGUGAUUGCAGUGCUGGACUGGGAACUGUGUACCCUGGGAGACCCCCUGACAGACUUGGCCUAUCUCUGUCAGCCUUACAACUGGCCUGAAGAUCUACCUCUUAUGAACAUGGCACAGCCUUCAGCAAAUGUUGACCCCAUAGCCACAGUGGCAGGCAUCCCCAGUCAGGACCAGUUUUUACAGAGGUACUGCAGCGCUAGGGGGCUCCCUUCCCGACCUGACAACUGGGAGUUUUACCUGGCUCUGUCCUUCUUCAAGGCAGCCUCCAUUUGCCAGGGCGUGUAUAAGAGAGCUUUGCAGGGUAACGCUAGUGCAGCACAGGCUGAAGUAUUCGGACAUAUAGUGGAGCCAUUGGCUGGUGCAGGAGUCAAAGUUAUAGAACGGAAGAUGUCAGUCUCAGCCCAGGCAGGCUCCCUGCUCCAGCCUUCACCUAAAGGCCUGGAGCUCAGGAACAGGGUCAGGGCCUUCCUGGAGCAACAUGUGGCACCUGCGUUUAAGACUUUGCAAGAACAAGUUGACAAGGAUAGAUGGGCCGCCCCUCCCAUUGUGGAUGAAAUACGGGCUAAAGCGAAAGCUGCUGGUCUGUGGAACCUGUUCUUACCGGAUGUGAGCGGACUCAGCCAGUUGGACUAUGCCUUCAUAGCGGAGGAGACAGGCAGAUACAUGCCACUGGGACCAGAAGCCUUCAACUGCCAGGCCCCAGAUACAGGCAACAUGGAGACUAUCCACCUGUACGGCUCCCCUCAGCAGAAGAAGACGUGGUUAGAACCACUGCUGGAAGGGAAGAUUAAGUCCUGCUUCGCCAUGACAGAGCCUGAUGUGGCCUCCAGUGAUGCUACCAACAUGCAGUGUAGCAUUGUGAGGGAAGGGAAUGAGUAUGUGAUCAAUGGGAAGAAGUGGUGGACCAGUGGGGCAGGCCAUCCUCUCUGUAAGGUGGCUGUACUCAUGGGCAGGACAGGGGACAGCAAAAUGCCAAGACACAGACAGCACAGUAUGAUCCUGGUGCCCAUGGAUGCGCCGGGAGUGAAGAUUGUCCGUGCGCUGACGGUGUUCGGGUACGAUGACGCCCCUCAUGGUCACUGUGAGGUCCACUUCACCAACGUCCGCGUUCCUGUCUCCAACAUGCUGCUGGGAGAGGGGAGGGGGUUUGAGAUCGCCCAGGGAAGACUGGGCCCGGGACGGAUCCACCAUUGCAUGCGGCUGAUCGGUAUGGCAGAGAAGGCGCUGGAAGCAAUGUGUGAGAGGGCUGCCAAGAGAAGGCCCUUCGGUAAGAGGAUCAUUGAACAGGAGGUUGUACAGCAUGACAUUGCUGAGGCCCGCAUGGCGAUAGAGCAGGCCAGGCUUUUGGUGCUGAAGGCUGCUCACAUGAUCGACACUGUGGGCACCAAGAAGGCUCGCAAGGAAAUUGCCAUGAUCAAAAUCAUCGCUCCCAGAAUGGCAGUGCGAGUUAUCGACCGUGCCAUCCAGGUCCAUGGGGGUGGAGGGGUGAGUCAGGAUUUUUUCCUGGCGGGAAUGUACGCGGGCGCUCGUUCCAUUCAGAUCGCCGACGGCCCUGACGAGGUGCACCUGACCGCUGUGGCAAAAAUGGAGAUCUUGGAUCAGCUGAAAAAGGCCAAGAUGUGAGCUCUAUCUGAGAGGUCACAGAGUUUAGGAGAGAAGCAAGCCAAGCUGUAAAAUCCCAAUAAUUUCCUAUUGUUGUAUCAACUAUUACAGUAUUUUGAGCCAAUUGUAAAGCUUAAUACUAGGCUUGAGUAGUAACUAAAUGCAAUAUACAUGUGUUAUAGUUUAUAUCAAGAAUCAUCAUCAUCUGGUCAAGGUUUUCUUGUCCAAUACACUAUCAAUGUCAGGAAGAGAGCAAAAAUUGUUGAAUUUCUUGCAAAAAGCUAUGGCAUUCACAAAUUUUAUUAGGCUGUAAAAUUGACAGAUUGGGUGCUAUUGUUCAAUGAUUGGCUAUAGUCAUCAAUAAUGACAAUGAUGAUAGGUAAUUCAAUGUUAUCUCAUUUAACCAACUUGGAGUGGGAAAUUGUUGCCUUGAAUUAUAGCACAUUCUGUAUUUCAAAUGCAUUGUGAGGAAAGCUUUACAUUACAUAGAGCAAAUAUAUUUGUCAUUUAAUGACGUUUCGUUUGUUUCUCUGAUACAAGAAAGAAGCUUAAAAUCAGGUGGAUCAAACUAAUCCUUCAGUUUAAAGGGAUAUUAAUGAUCUGUAACAUCUUCACAGGUAGAGAAGGGGAUCAUCUAUAAAUGGAUAUUUGUAAUGCAGGUAUAUCUGAUAUACAUGUUCAUGCGCAUACAAUUUAUAAAUAUGUAUAGAUUUGUACAAAUUCUUCAAACAAAAUCAUGUACUGAAUAAAACUGCCGCACGUACAUCA